AUUCCCCGUUCCCUUUCAAUUUACAUGAACCAAACGGCCCCUUGAACGGUUAAAAAAAAAAAAAAAGGUUUAGUCAGACGGUAACCUAGUCGUUCCUUGCCUCUUGUCCUUGCGAUUUUAGGGUUUGAAUCCGGCGGCGAGCCGCAAUACAGCUGCUUUCUUCUGCUCGUGCUCGCGCUAGCGCUCGGCCGGUCCGCCUCGCCACUCACCACCUCCGUCCGACCCGACCUUCGCUGGGCAGGGGGUGGACAUUGGAAGAGUGCUGUGAGCUGAAUUGAAUAAUGUCUUCGUUUGUGAAACCUGAGAACGCAUUGAAGCGAGCUGAAGAAUUGAUAAAUGUUGGGCAAAAGCAAGAUGCUUUGCAAGCACUUCAUGAUAUUAUCACCUCAAAGAGGUCCCGAGCAUGGCAGAAGACCCUCGAGCGGAUCAUGUUCAAGUACAUCGAGCUUUGUGUUGACAUGAGAAGAGGGAGGUUUGCCAAGGAUGGCCUCAUCCAAUACCGGAUUGUGUGCCAGCAAGUAAAUGUUACCUCUCUCGAAGAAGUCAUUAAGCAUUUCAUGCAUCUCUCGACCGAGAAAGCAGAGCAGGCUCGCAGUCAGGCUGAGGCUUUGGAAGAAGCUCUCGACGUUGAUGACCUCGAGGCAGAUAAACGACCAGAGGAUCUGAUGCUGAGUUAUGUUAGCGGAGAAAAAGGAAAAGAUCGUUCUGAUCGGGAGUUGGUUACACCUUGGUUCAAGUUUCUGUGGGAAACUUAUAGAACAGUGCUUGAGAUAUUGAGGAACAACUCCAAGUUGGAAGCUCUCUAUGCGAUGACCGCACAUCGAGCAUUUCAAUUCUGCAAGCAGUACAAACGGACAACCGAGUUCCGUAGGCUGUGUGAAAUUAUUAGAAAUCAUUUGGCUAAUCUAAACAAGUACCGCGAUCAAAGGGACCGACCUGACUUAUCUGCUCCAGAGAGUCUGCAGCUUUAUCUUGAUACAAGAUUUGAGCAGUUGAAGGUUGCUACUGAACUUGAAAUGUGGCAGGAAGCUUUUCGUUCUGUUGAGGAUAUCUAUGGUUUAAUGUGCAUGGUUAAGAAGACGCCCAAGGCAUCCCUUAUGGUGGUUUAUUAUGCAAAGUUGACUGAGAUUUUCCGAAUCUCAUCCAGCCAUCUUUAUCAUGCUUAUGCCUGGUUGAAGCUCUUUAAUAUUCAGAAAAAUUUUAAUAAGAACUUGAGCCAAAAAGACCUGCAAUUGAUUGCGUCAUCUGUUGUUUUGGCUGCACUUUCUGUGGUCCCUUACGAUCAUUCUCAUAGAGCAUCACACUUAGAACUUGAAAAUGAGAAAGAGCGUAACCUCAGGAUGGCGGACCUUAUUGGGUUCAAUGUGGACCCCAAAGUGGAGAGUAGAGAAACGCUUUCACGGUCAUCUCUCCUUGCUGAACUGGUUGCAAAAGGUGUACUUAACUGUGCAACUCAGGAAGUGAAAGAUCUUUACCAUCUUCUGGAACAUGAGUUCUUGCCUUUGGAUCUUGCCAUGAAGGUUCAGCCCUUACUGACCAAGAUCUCUAAACUUGGGGGUAGGCUUGCGUCAGCUUCUUCUAUCCCUGAGGUGCAGUUGUCCCAAUAUGUUCCUGCCUUGGAAAAAAUUGCCACCUUGAGGGUGCUUCAGCAGGUGUCUCAGGUUUAUCGGACAAUGAAAAUUGAGAGUUUGGCACAGCUUAUCCCAUUUUUCAAUCUCUUAGUUGUGGAGAAGAUAUCUGUGGAUGCAGUUAAGCACAAGUUUUUGGCAUUGAAAAUUGAUCAUGCCAAAGGAGUAGUUCUAUUUGGAGAUAAGGGUCUUGAUUCAGAUGUCCUGAGAGAUCACCUUGCUGUUCUUGCUGAAAAUUUAAAUAGAGUGAGGGCAAUGAUUGAUCCUCCUAGAAAGAAGGGGUCAAAACUUGGUGAUAUCUUGCCAAGCCUUGCGGAGACUGUUGACAGAGAGCACAAGAGACUCCUUGCCAGGAAGUCUAUUAUUGAGAAACGCAAGGAAGAGCAUGAACGCCAGCUUUUGGAAAUGGAACGCGAGGAGGAGUCUAGGAGGUUGAAAAUGCAAAAGAUAACUGAAGAGGCGGAACAAAAGAGACUUGCAUCUGAAUAUGAGCAAAGGAAGAACCAAAGGAUUCUUAGGGAGAUAGAAGAAAGAGAACUCCAAGAAGCACAAGCUCUACUUCAGGAAGCUGUUAAAGGGAAAAGAAAGGGGAAGAAACCAAUUCUGGAAGGAGAGAAAGUGACGAAACAAUCAGUGAUGGAGCUUGCUAGGACUGAGCAACUGAGAGAGCGUCAGGAGAUGGAGAAGAAGUUGCAAAAACUGGUUAAGACAAUGGAUUACCUUGAGAGAGCGAAGAGAGAGGAGUCCACUCCUUUAAUUGAGGCUGCUUUCAAAGAGCACUUGGUGAAGGAGCAGGAGCUUCAUGAACGUGAGCAGCAGCAAGAAAUUGAGCUCAGCAGACAGCGCCAUGAUGGGGACCUUAAGGAAAAGAACAGGCUGGCCCGCAUGGCUGAGAACAAGGUGAUAUUCCAGGAAAGAGUCAUGAAGCGUAGGCAGGUAGAUUAUGACAGAUUGAGAGCUCAGAGAGAGGAGCAAAUCAGGCAAGAGCUCCAAGCUCGUAAACAGGAGAGGGAAAUCCUGAGAAAGCGCAAGUUCUUCUUGAUCGAAGAGCAGAAGAGGCGUGAAAGGGAGGCACGGGAAGCCGAAGCUCGCAGGAUUGAAGAGGAAGAGAGGCGGAAGAAGGAAGAGGCCGAGAGAAAGGCCAAAUUGGAUGAGAUUGCUGAGAAACAAAGGCAGAGAGAAAGGGAGCUCGAGGAAAAGGCAAGGCUAGAGAAAGAGGCUGUUUUGGGAAGGACAGCUGAACCCACUAGGCCCUUCGAGCCACCUGUCGGGGCCCGUCCUGUUGAGCCUCCUGCUGCUGCUGCUGCUGCUGCUCCAGCCCCGGGCAAGUACGUGCCCAAGUUCCGGCGGGGCAGUGGGGAGAGUACAGCCCCACCGCCAGAGCCUGACCGCUGGGGCGGUGGCAGGCAGGAUGACCGCGCUCCCCCGGAUGGUGACAGGUGGCGCAGUGGCGAUGACCACAGAACAUCCUUUGGGGGCAGCUCCUCGAGGUCCAGCUGGUCGUCUUCGAGGAUCCCACCACGUGGGGAGCGCUGAAGUUGGAAUGAAAUUGCUGCAAGGAUGUGAUUCAAUAAUUCUUUAAGGGCUGCUGCCGAUGGCAUUGAACGGUUACACGGUGUUCCCAUUGGGGAUUGAAGAGGUUACUACGUGGUUUUGUCUGAUAUUUGAUUAUGUAGGAAUUUUGUCUUCUGUCCUGAAUGCGAAGUGGUCGGAAUUCGAACCUCAAUUGUAUUCUUUUUCUUCUAAACAAAAAGACUUACUAAUGUUUGUUUUAAA